CUCCAGGAUGUCUGGCUCUAGUGUUCGCUUAAGAAGGCCUGCUCGCCUCUCCUUGCUAGUCUCUGGAGCGCUGUGUUCAGUUAGAUGCCGCUGUUGGCAUUGUAUGUGUCCCAAGGCUCCCUACGGUGGCCCUAGUGCUGUGGCGCCCCCAGCGACAUCAAGAAUGGCCCCCAAGUCUUGUCAGGAGGCUGAAGAUGCUGAGGAAGAGGCUCUCCCAUCCCUGGUGGACCGAGAACCAGUGAGUGGCCAUGUGGGGCCUCCAGCAGGCGCCGCUGCAGACCCAGUAGCUCCCACACACCCUCAGAACGCCACGCCCAGCUCCACCAGGAUGAUCUCCUCCAUCAGCCUGCAGCCGGCCUUGGAGUCCCUGGACCCCCGCGCCCUGCGGCUGCUCUGGGGGCAGAGGGAGUUGGAGAUCCAGGCCCUGCGGUGGGCCGUCCAGAAUCAGCGUGCAGCCCGGCGCCGCCACAUCCUGCAGGAGGUGGCUGGGCUUCCAGCCGAGAGGAGCUCAAGAAGUCAGGAGAAGUUCCUGCAAAACCAGGUCCAAAAGCUGACUUUGGAGUUGAAAGCACAGAAGGAAAAGGCCCAGCUGGAGAAGCAGCUCCUGGAGGAGCGGCUGCAGCAGACCGGGGACGCACUGCAGCAGCUGGAGGCUGAGCUGCAGGCCUUCCAGAAGUCCUGCCUCCUGCAGCUGGCCCGCUCCUCCUGGGUGGGCCGCGUGCUGCGGUCUUCCACGGGCAGUGUGGAGGUGGUGACCGCAGAGACCCUGAUGGACCUCAGUGACUUCUCUGAGAACGAUCAGGCCCCCGCUGCUGGGGAGGGUUUCCGGCUGGAGGAUGUGGACUGGAACAGCAUUGCCCACCGGUACCCCAACCUCUUCAGCAACCUCGAGUCCAACUCAGAUCAAAAGCACGCCCGGACCCCGCAGCUCCCAGCAGCCUCACCGCCUGACCAGUGGAGCUCAGAGCUGUGCUGUAGGCACCAGGAGCACAAUCUCAAGAGUGUCGAGUGGAGCUCCCUGCCCUUGGCGGGCACCAGCAGCUCCGGGGGUGCCGACUCCGAGUCCAGCAACAGCCAGCUGGCGGCGCAUAAUCGCGUGCAUAAAGUCACAAGGGACCAUCCCCCAGUGCCUGGCCGCACUGCCAAGCAGGUGGAGGCGCAGGCACAGAGCCUCUGCAGGGACGGUCAGGCAACAUCUGAAGGUGGAGCGGGGCGGUCUCCCCUGGUUUCUUCCCCUUCCCACACCUGCAGGACUGUGCUCUCUGCCCCAAGCCCCGAAGGACACCCCCUAACCUCCUGGCUUCCAGGUUCCCAGCUGGAGGCAGCGACCUCCUGGCUUCCAGUCCCAGCUGGAGGCAGCGGGGCCCCCAGCCCUGUCCCCGGGUUAGGGCGGGCUCGGAGGGCUCCUGCCACUGCCUCGGUGCCCUGGCUCGAGCCCACUUGCCACCCCAGCCCCCGCCAAGUACUGCACAGUGUCUCUCCGCUUCUCCCAGGGGCCGGGGCCCACCACCCCUCCUGCCCGGACCUGAUCCCUACUGCUGCUCCUCUCCCACGUGGACCUUCGGGGCACUGCGGGCCGGGUCCAGCCUCACAGGAGAUGUCCUCAGUGGACCCUGGACCCUCCAAACUGGGGUUCCCCUCCCAGGCAGUCCGCCUCUCCGUGCAUCUCCAGAACACCCACUCAGACGAGCAGGGCGAGAAUGGCCAGAAGCCUGAGUCUGGGGUGGACUCCCAUCUCUGGCAUUCCAGGCGCUGUCCAAGCCCCAGCCCCACGGGCUCCUGCCUGAAGAUCAUGGCGGUUAGCCGCCGCCAGAGGUUCGUGCGCAUCCUCAACCAGUCGCUGGAGGAGACGGUGGACCUGGGCGGCUUCGUGCUGCAGCAGCUGGUGCUCGACUUCCCCGUGUGUCUGUACCGCUUCCCGCCCAGCACCCUGCUGGCUCCGCGGCACCACGUCACGGUGUGGGGUGAGGGGCCCUGCAGUACCAGGCGGCAGCAGCCCUCCUCCUUGGGCCAGGAGCCCGUCCGCUUCUACUCCAGCCGAAGUUGCGUGACCCUCCUCCUGAACCCCCAAGGCGAGGUCCUCAGCGAGCACCAGUCUCCACACUGCGUGACCCCAGUGUCCAGGAUCUUCGCAGACAACACCGACUUGUCCAUCGACUGUUUCCCACUCUCAGAGGCCCGGCCUGGAGCUGACCUUGCGGAGCAUCAGCCCCAGCCUCGACCCCUGCGCAAGGGUCGGGUUCGGGAGGCUCGGGCUGGGCGCCGGAGGCCGGGGUGGGGACCGCGGGUCCCUCGGUGCCUGCUUCCUCCCCAAGCCCGGACUGGCAAAGACCCCAGACUCCCUGCUGGGACUGCCCCCCACCUCCCCAGGUCCCACCCUUCCGCCCGUUCUGGACUCCCCUCAGGUCUUCCACCUCCCCAGGCCGCGUCUGCCCCGGGACCACCCCUUCCCGCUGGCAGGCUGUCUCUCACGACCCCUCCCUACCUCGCCAGGCCAAGGGUCCAAUUGCCCCGCCUGAGUACCAUCAAGCUCCUCCGCCAGCGGGAGGCGCCAGUAUGGCCCAAGGACGUGGCCCAGACCCACCCAGAGCUCUUGCCCGCCAUCCCCAUCCCCGAGGUCGGGGUGGGCCUCCAGGACUGCCGGGGUAGGAAGGAGCAGAAAAUCCGGGUGUGCCGGAAGAGGGUGGACCGUGGCUGUCCCAUGGUGGCGCUGUCGGUGCAGAGCACGGCUGAGAGCAGGUUCGGCUUCCGCUUCCUCAGCUGCCCGCCCAUCACCGCGGACACUCGCUGGCCGCUGUAGGGCCGGGCCUGGCGGCAGUAUCGGCACCUGCGCCCCCACGUCUCCACGACUGUGGCGGUGGGGCAGGAAGAAAGCACGGGAGGCAGACGGUGCCGGCUGUAUAAUUUAUUGAACGCCGCCUACCAAGUAAACCGCACUUCUGUACA